UCCACAAGAGAUGAAAUGUGGUCUGAGGGAUGGUAUGACUACAGGCGACUUCCAGGAAAACAAGCGCCUCCUUGGAGCCAUCCCAGUGAUGGCAACCAUCGAUUAAUUAACGUGCCAAAGAGACCGCCUCUGGGAGACAAGAGACCAUCUCUGCUAGCCAGACCCGAUGAAGGAGGCUACAGUAGAUACUACUGUCAGGUCGAUUACCAAGAAUGGGAUGAAGGCCGCUGUUUUUCUCAGAAUCCAAGAAGUGGCCCACCCUACAAAAGAGGCCCUUAUGGCUCCCGAUGGUCAAGAGAUGAGUAUGCCACAAGCCGACAGCCUCAAUACAGGGCCAUGAGAAACGGCUUUAGAAGAAGAGGUUUCUAUUCUUCCCAUUAUUCAAGACAACGAUCUCCCCAUGAACAGGGCGCUUCUUUUUUGAGAGAAUCACGUGUGGGCAGGAAGGACUCCCUACCCAGCAGAUUUGGCUCCAGUCUCAGCAGGAGAAGCAGGAUGCGCUCCUUCCAUCAGUCUCGGCUUAGAUGUAGAGAGAGAGCCAUCCAGUUUUUGAAAACAUCAAGAGAUACUGUGCCCUCAAGUUCUUCAUCCAAGGUGUUAAAAAGCCCCUGCCGACUGAGUGAGAAAGAAGAGGCUGAUGCUGCAAGCAAGUGGGCUAAUGAAAAUCCCAAGAAGUCAGAAGAAAAUAACUUGGCUGAAAUUUCCGAGUUUGAGACGGGAUCCAAGGCACCGUUAUGUAUCAACCAGACAGAAGAACCCGAGUCAAACACAACAGCUGGCCCAGAAUUGUGUGAAGACAGCCAGUUUAGCAGUCGUUCAAAAGCGAUUGCAUCAAAAAUCACGGAGAUUGAGAAGGUUUACCGACAAGUCUGUGAAACUUUCGGGAUGGUGGUGGAAAGGCUGGUUGACAAGGAUCGUUCGUUAGAAAAAUCUAUACAGUUUGCAAUGAAGCAGAGUUUGCAUGAAAUAGGUGAGCAACAUGUUGAAGAACUCAAGCAUUUCAUUAUGGAGUAUGAUAAUUCUACUCCAGAUUUUGGAGGCCCUUUUUAGAAGAAUUAGGGCUCAGUUCAAACAAAUUUUUAAAGCUUCUAGAUUUUUCCCUUUGGACUUUUUAAAUCCUUACUAUUUUGUGAUGAAGAGAAAUACUUUAUGAUAACUGACCA